CCCCAGCUGGGGGAGUUCACCACUGCGAAUUCCUGCUCCAUCCAACCUGCUUUUCCUUCCUGUAGCUGGCCCGCCGGAGCCCGGCCCGCUGCCGUCCCCCCGCAGGAGCGGCGGCUGCUGACAUCACAAGCGGCCCUUCCUUUUGUGUGUUCGUGAGCGCGCGGGGGCCUGCGUGGGGACAAUGGAAUCCUGAACUCGGGGCGCGGGCAAGUGGGAAGCUGCUGCUGAGGAUGAGUCAAGGCUGAGCCCGGGGAGGGGAGGGGAGGGGAGAAGCUGCUGCUGCUUGAGGGCUGGAACAGGUGAGAGACCGGGAGGAAGCUGCUGCUGCUGCUCUUGGACUGAGCCAGCAAGAGACACGAGUGGCCAGGCCCAGCCGCGCCGCGGAGGAGCCGCCAGACACAAAGGGAGAGGUCUGGGUUGUGUGGUGGGGAGGUCGCUAUGUCGGAUGACGAUUCGAGGGCCAGCACCAGCUCCUCCUCAUCUUCAUCCUCCAACCAGCAGACAGAGAAAGAGACAAACACCCCUAAGAAGAAGGAAAGCAAAGUCGGCAUGAGUAAAAACUCCAAGCUCCUCUCCACCAGCGCCAAGAGGAUUCAGAAGGAAUUGGCUGACAUCACCUUAGAUCCACCUCCCAACUGCAGCGCUGGCCCCAAAGGCGAUAACAUCUAUGAAUGGAGAUCAACUAUUCUAGGACCUCCAGGCUCAGUAUAUGAGGGUGGAGUUUUCUUCCUUGAUAUCACAUUUACACCAGAAUAUCCCUUCAAGCCUCCAAAGGUUACAUUUCGGACAAGAAUCUAUCACUGUAAUAUUAACAGCCAAGGAGUGAUCUGCCUUGACAUUUUAAAAGACAACUGGAGUCCAGCACUAACUAUUUCUAAAGUUCUCCUCUCUAUCUGCUCACUUCUUACAGACUGCAACCCUGCUGACCCCCUGGUUGGAAGUAUUGCCACUCAGUAUAUGACUAACAGAGCAGAGCAUGACAGAAUGGCCAGACAGUGGACCAAAAGAUAUGCUACAUAAAAUGGAUUUUUGUUAAACUCUUGCAUUAUUUGUCUGUGAUGGAAAGAGCUGCUUAUUGAUUUUGAAGUGGGGGGAGGGAGGGUGCUGGUAAAGAGUAGGGUAUUUCUAUAACAGAUUUUAUUCAGUCUUUUAUUUCCUAAGAUUUUGUUGUUGUAACUUAAGGUAUCUUGCUACAGUAGACAACUAGAAUUGGGAAUAGCAUAUUUUAAGACUGUCAUUAGUUCAGCAAUAUUAGCUCACAUAUAGUACCAAGAAGAAUGUAAACUUAGACAUUUUUUUGGUUCAGUUGCUUGCGAUAUGUAAAAGAUAAAACAGCUUAAUUUUGUACAGGUACAUAUGUUGACAUUUAUGUAAAAGUCCUUUGAAGACUCUACACACUGGGUUUUUUCUUUUUGUAUUUGUAAAAGAUGUUGGGAUUUUUUUUUCCCCUUGGGAAGGUGUGCUGGUAUUUAACAAUUCCUUUUUAAAGACUCAUCUCAUGAUAUGUAAUAUGGAGGAAUGGAUAUAUGGCCUCAUAUAGGAAAUGAGAAGUAGUUAAUGUAUUAUUUUAUAUGCCAAUCUACCUUUGUGAAAAGAAUAAAGGUUUUAAUCAGGA